AGAUUCUCUCACAGGAAUAAUUGAUCGACUACACAUGCGUGUCUGGAGUAAAGUCUCGCGUGUCUCAUGUAAAAUCACGGCUUCAAAAGAUAAGGGUUUUGUAUCACAGGUCGCGUUCCAUGUAUUUUAGUCAUAGAUAAAGUAGUUCAACGAGAGAAUUUCGCGGGCAAGUGCCAUUUUGACUUUUUCAAAAUAAAAUAUAAAAAUUUUAUAUAAUUAAAAUAUAUUCCUUUCAUGUAAAGCGUUUUUAUAAAAGUUUUAAAUGUUGAACUGAUGAUUACUUAAAAUAAAGCCUACUGUACAAUAAUAUGAGCAUUUUUGCCGGAAAACUGAAGGAAUAUUCAGCUUUUUCUGUGGAUUGUUUUGAUGGAGAUAACUUAGAUUCAGAAGCCUAUUUUCUUUCUCAUUGCCACAAAGAUCACAUGAAAGGACUUGGUUCGUCUAAAUUUUAUCGAAAACUUAAGGAAAGUUCAAACAUCUAUGUGUAUUGUUCCGAAACAUCGCGGAAUAUUUUGGUGUGUGACAAACAAUACAAACAUUUAAAACCAUUUCUUGUUGGCUUGCCCAUUGAAAAUCCAACAAUAAUUGCAUUCAAGAACAUAAAAACUGGAAAGGAUGAAAGUGUUACAGUAACUCUAUUGUCUGCUGGUCAUUGCAUUGGCUCAGUUAUGUUUUUAUUUGAUGGAAGUGCAGGAACAGUUUUAUACACAGGAGAUUUUCGUUGGAAUGUUGGUGACUCCAAACGUAUGAAAUUUUUUCAUUCCCAACACGGUGUUCGAGACGUAAAAAGUAUUUAUAUCGAUACAACAUUUUAUUUACCACAAAUGAAACACAUACCUAGCAGAGAAUCUUCAAGAGAUGCGGUUGUCGAACUUAUCAAAGAUGGUUAUCAAAUGGGUUUGAAUUAUUAUGUAAGUCUGUUAUGUCAGGGAAUGUAUGGGUACGAGUACUUACUGAAAGAAAUCUCUCGCGCUUUUAAAACUAAGAUCCAUGUGAGUCCAGAGAGGAUGGCACUUUACGAAAACCUUUGUUUUAAAGAGCAUUUUACGACAGAGGGUCAAACCACAAGGAUACAUUGUUGUCAAUGGGAGAAAAUAAGACCGGUGAAUUCAGAAAUUCCUUGUGGUUAUUCUCUCUCUUCCUCACGGGAAAUGAAAGUUCUCAAGAUAAAAGCAACUAGUUUAUGGUUUGCUCAAGAUGAUAAACCGUUACCUAAAGCUGUUUGGUGUACGAACGUUAUUUUUCAUAUUUUAUCGGAGAUAAAGCAAGACUUUUAUCGAGUCGUCCAUUCAAUGCAUUCUUCAAUGGAGGAGAUUGUAGAUCUUGUAAGUUAUAUUCGACCAAUGAAUAUUUACCCAACUGUUGAACCUGCGGCUUUCUUUUCACUUCGUGAAACUCAACGUAGUCUUCAGCAAUACACUCGGUUAAAGGAGGACAAUAUCGAUGAAGUUAAAAACAAUAGGGAUGAUUUAACUGGCAAAGAACUAAAGUUCAUUUCAGAAUGCCAAAGCUUAGGUCUUGUGGAAGAAGUUGUAACAGCGAGACCACGUCGAAGAAAAAAUGAUACAGCAGUUAUUUUUACUGAAGAUAACGAAUCACUGUGAUGUAAAAAUUGAUAACUAACAAUUUUAAGAAAUGUAUUGAUGUAUAUUUCAAGAUAUCAACAGGUGACUCAGAAAUUGUGAUUUACGAUUUUUGUCUCAUGUUAUGACGUAAUAGCGUGGAUGAGAAAGUUAUGUUGCAAAGUCGGUUGGACAUUUUCCUAAAUAACUGUUUGCAAA